UUGAACUUCGCCCAAUCAACAAUAACUCGUUAGCGGUCGCUUUCUUUUUCUUGCUGCUUGAGACAGCUUUUUUUUUUACUUCUUCUACCCUUGCAGGGAUUCACCUCCCCCCUUCCAGUGUGUUACUUCCUAAAGAUCUACAUGGAGCUUGGCAGAGGAACUGCGACUCUCUGAGGGGAAUACAGCCCGGCUGCCUUUUCCACCAUACGCCCGGAGCAUGGUUCUUUGGGAGGAAAGCUCUCAGGCGAGCUGAAUUGCGGCUUUUGAGUGUCAACCUUUAGGAAGGGGGGGGGGGGCGUGUGGAGGAGGGGGGGUGUUGUCUGCGACAAACAGCGAGGAACACGUUUGCCUCAAACCCGCCAGUUGAAUGCAAUAAUCAACUUUUUUUUUCUGGAAGCAGCGAUUCUUCGGGACUGCGAUGACCUCCAGUAAAGACAUGAAGGCGGGCUCCGUGUUACACUCCGGCGGCGAGGAGAGGAGACGGGCUCCACUGGACCAGCUGCCGCCGCCGGCCAACUCCAACAAGCCCUUGACGCCGUUCAGCAUCGAGGAUAUCCUUAACAAACCCUCGGUCAAGAAGUCAGUCGCCAGUAUCUGUCCACCCAGAGUGCUGGAGAAAGUCACGGGCUCCAACUCCGCGCGCAACGGGAUCACCACUCCCUCGUCGCCGCUGUGCGCGCUGGAGGAGCUCGCCAGCAAAACGUUCAAGGGGCUGGAAGUCAGCGUUAUCCAGGCAGCAGAAGGUCGGGAGCACGUCAACGCGUUCGGACAGAGGCAGACGUCGAAGAAGAGGAGGAAGUCGCGGACGGCCUUCACGAACCACCAGAUCUACGAGCUGGAGAAGAGGUUUUUGUACCAGAAGUACCUCUCUCCGGCCGACCGGGACCAGAUCGCGCAACAGCUGGGGCUCUCCAACGCGCAGGUCAUCACCUGGUUCCAGAACCGCAGGGCCAAGCUCAAGCGGGACCUGGAGGAGAUGAAAGCGGACGUGGAGUCGCUGAAGAAGAUCAACCCGCAGACCCUGCAGAAGCUCGUCAGCAUGGAGAGCCUCGAGGAGUCCCAAGGCGGGGGCUCCGAGGCCAGAUCGCCCAGCGUCUCCCCGACCUCGCAAGGACACCGGGCCUUCCCGCAGUCCCCCUCCUCAUCCAGAGACCAAACCACGGAUGAGUUCUCGGAGGACGACGAGGAGAUCGAGGUGGACGAUUGACAGUCGGGGGGCGGAGAGGGGGGGCUGUGCUUUUCAUAAACAACUAAAAAGAAUAUAAAAAAGGGGAUUUUUUUUAUAUUCCCAAACUUUUUUUGCACGGAUAUUAACAAAAAAGGAGAAUAUAUACAUUUAAAAAACUUUUCAAGAUUUGCUUUCCCUCCUCUGUUCUCUCCUGUAUUUAAUUUAUUAGUCGGACUUGUCCGUCGUUUAGGUUCCGUCGUCGUACUUGAGGACUACCUGAUUUUCCUUUCUGACAGGCCAGACUGAAAAUAGGGUGAACAUUAUUUUUCCACGUCCGUUUUUACGUGGGAGGAUGGAAAGUUGUGCUGUUAUUGUUGCUUGUCAUUUAUCCGCAUUCUUCUAUUCAAGGAUUACGAUUUGCCAAAUAUUGUUUUUUUUUUUACAUACACAACCCAGGGUCGUCCAUCCCUCCAGAAGUUUAAAAUCGGUCAUGUUUCUUCUUCAUGAGCAGGACUGCAAACACUUACACGCCAUGAGUUCUGUACAUAGAUCAAACAUCCACGUGCGGUCAUUUUAUUGUAACAUUCUAUUUAAUCAGCAUCUAUGUAAAUAAAGGUUAUAUGAUAUUUCAAGGGGCGCCAUGUGUGAUUGUGCAAAAUUUUACAAACUAUUUUUUAAAAUUUAAAUCUGAAGGAUGAAACAUAUUAUUGAAGCGUGACUUAAAGUGGCAGUUUGUAACAAAACAAAAUGCUAAAUAUAUGAAGAUCUAUGGGGGUGUCAACCCCACAAGCUUUAGGAAUAAUAUGAGUCACAUAGAGUGUGAUU